CUGGUUCUCUCCAUUGGCUGGUGCGGGUUCAUUGAAUCCCCUCCUCUACCUUUGUCAAUUCCUUGCGCUCCCGUUGAAACGCCUGCUUGUGCUUGUUGUUUCCCGGGGCUCGGAAGAAGGAGAAGUUACCUCUGCUCAGCCGCAGGUUUUUGGGGACACCGAGAGAGAGGACACCAGGAUCUGCAGAGGAGCCCCCCCCACCUCCUGUGACUAUCAGACGAGCUGUUAAACUGAAUGGAGUAGCGGGAUAAAAACGCAGGAGGGAUAUAACCUAUCCAUCACCUUGUACGCGCGGCGCGGUGAGAGCGGCAACGCCGAAACUCGUAGAGCCAGCGUGCAGCACUGCUGCUCUGGAUUGUGCAGGGAGCAAACAAGGGAAUAACACAAACAGAGAUGGUUUACUGCCCGCUGGGACCCUCACACACACGACUGCUGCUACUGCUGCUCUGAACUUUUCUCUCCUAGAAGUGCGCAGACGAGAAGGGGGUUAAGAAAAGGAGCUUCUUCUUAUCCGCAAAAGGGAUUAAUUAUGCCGGACCAAAUCACAGUAGCAGAGUUUGUGGCAGAGACCAAUGAAGACUAUAAAUCGCCGACUGCUUCUAACUUCACCACCAGGAUGUCCCAGUGUAGGAAUACAGUGGCUGCUCUGGAGGAGGCUCUGGAUGUGGAUCGCAGCGUUCUGUACAAGAUGAAGAAGUCUGUGAAGGCCAUUUACACGUCUGGUCUGGCCCACGUAGAAAAUGAGGAGCAGUACACUCAGGCCCUGGAGAAGUUUGGAGAAAACUGUGUGUACAGAGACGAUCCUGAUCUGGGCUCAGCCUUUCUCAAGUUCUCAGUCUUCACCAAGGAGCUCACGGCACUCUUCAAAAACCUUUUCCAAAACAUGAACAACAUCAUCACCUUUCCUCUGGACAGCCUGCUGAAAGGAGACCUGAAGGGUGUCAAAGGGGAUCUGAAAAAGCCUUUUGACAAAGCCUGGAAGGACUACGAAACAAAAGUCACCAAGAUAGAAAAGGAAAAGAAGGAGCACGCGAGACAGCAUGGGAUGAUUAGGACGGAAAUCAGCGGGGCAGAAAUUGCUGAAGAGAUGGAGAAGGAGAGAAGAUUCUUCCAGCUGCAGAUGUGUGAGUAUCUCCUCAAAGUCAAUGAGAUCAAGAUCAAGAAGGGGGUGGACCUGCUGCAGAACCUCAUCAAGUACUUCCACGCGCAGUGCAAUUUCUUUCAGGAUGGGCUAAAAGCUGUGGACAACCUCAAACCUUCUAUAGAGAAACUGGCCACAGAUCUGCACACGAUAAAGCAGGUUCAGGAUGAGGAGAGGAAGCAGCUGGCUCAGUUACGAGAUGUCCUCAAGUCGGCUUUACAGGUGGAGCAGAAGGAGUCCAGAAGAGAUUCACAGGUGCGUCAGAGCACCACCUACAGUCUGCACCAGCCACAGGGCAACAAGGAGCAUGGAACAGAGCGCAGCGGGUACCUUUACAAGAAAAGUGAUGGGCUGAGGAAAGUGUGGCAAAAGAGAAAGUGCACAGCGAAGAACGGAUACCUCACCAUCUCACACGGCACAGCUAACCGGCCACCAGCUAAGCUCAAUCUGCUCACCUGCCAGGUGAAACACAAUCCCGAAGAGAAGCGGAGCUUUGACCUCAUAUCACAUGACAGAACGUAUCACUUUCAGGCCGAGGACGACCAAGACUGUCAGAUCUGGAUCUCGGUGUUACAGAACAGUAAGGAGGAGGCGUUAAAUCAGGCUUUCAAAGGGGACCAUCAUGUCGGCGAGAACAAUAUUGUGCAGGAGCUGACCAAGGCGAUACUGGGGGAAGUCAAGCGGAUGACAGGAAAUGAUGUUUGCUGUGACUGCGGAGCCCCGAACCCAACGUGGCUAUCCACCAAUCUGGGCAUCCUCACCUGUAUCGAGUGCUCGGGGAUCCACAGGGAGCUGGGAGUCCACUACUCACGGAUCCAGUCCCUCACGCUGGAUGUACUCAGCACCUCAGAGCUCUUGCUGGCCAAGAAUGUGGGGAAUGCAGGCUUUAAUGAAAUCAUGGAGGCUUGCUUGAGUGCUGAAAAUGUGGUGAAACCCAACCCAGCCAGUGACAUGCAGGCGAGGAAAGACUUCAUCACAGCCAAAUACACGGAGAAACGUUUCGCCAGGAAGAAGUGUCCGGAUGUGACGUCACGGCUUCACACGCUGUGUGAUGCAGUGAAGGCCCGAGACAUCUUCUCCCUCAUCCAGGUCUACGCUGAGGGGGUCGACCUCAUGGAGCCCAUUCCUCUGGCCAACGGGCAUGAACAAGGAGAGACGGCUCUUCAUCUCGCAGUCAGGCUGGUGGAUAGAACGUCUCUUCACAUUGUUGACUUCCUCACUCAGAACAGUUUAAAUUUGGAUAAGCAGACAGCCAAAGGCAGCACAGCGCUGCACUACUGCUGCCUGACUGACAACAGUGAAUGUCUGAAGCUGCUGCUGCGGGGGAAAGCCUCCAUAGAGAUUGCUAAUGAGGCCGGGGAGACGCCACUGGAUAUCGCUCGAAGGCUCAAACACCUGCAGUGUGAGGAGCUGCUGAACCAAGCAUUAGCGGGAAAAUUCAACGCCCACGUCCACGUCGAGUAUGAAUGGCGCCUGCAGCACGAAGACCUGGAUGAGAGCGACGAGGAUCUGGAUGAGAAGCCGAGCCCUCAUCGGAGAGACGAGCGACCGGUCAGCUGUUACGCCCCGAGCAGCAACUCCCACCAUGUGCAGGCCGGGCCGGGCUCCGCGGGCCGUGAAGCUGCCAGCCUCGCUAAGGACAAGCAGCGCCCCUACAUUCCCAACCUGGUCAACAACGAGACUUAUGGCACCAUAGUCCACACAAACCCCCCUCAGCCCACCACCAACUCUGCUCCGCCCCUGCCCCCGAGGAACCUGGUCCAGUUAUCCGGUCUGGGAGGACUCGGUCAGUCCUCGGCGUCCAGCAGCUGGAAACCUGGUCCUUUAGACUUGGCUGGCCGACAGAGGUCGUCCUCAGACCCCCCCAACAUGCAUCCUCCCCUCCCACCCAUGAGGCUCACUUCCACUGGAGCUCUGGGUCUUCCUCCUGUGGUGAAGAUGGAAUCCAUGAGCAAGUCAGGUCAGGGGCCACUGGGGUCCAGGGUGGUGCCACCUAAAUCUCCCCCAGGCAAUGAUAAAGGCUUCGGCAGAGGACCUCUAAAUCGAACAGGAUCUAAUGAAAGAGCAGCUAAGGAAGUGCCAGGAUGCCCUCAGAACUCCAUAGGUCAGUCUCUGCCUCCAGCCCCCACGCCGAGGAAGGCCUACUUAAAGCAGAGGCCAAAGCGAGUGAAGGCCAUGUACAACUGUGUGGCCGACAACCCCGAUGAGCUGACCUUCUCUGAGGGCGAGGUGAUCGUGGUGGAUGGAGAGGAGGACCAGGAGUGGUGGCUGGGCCACAUCGAAGGCGAGCCAAUGAGAAGGGGAGCCUUCCCCGUUACAUUUGUGCACUUCAUCGCUGACUGAAAUCUGGGACUCAGGAAGUGUCACAGGAUGGCACAUCCCUCUAUCACUCUGUCUGCCAACAAAUCCAACAAAACAUCCGCCAUCGCCCCAGUGUUUGCAUUCGAUGUCGUCAUCAUAAUCAUCACUGGCAUCUCGAGCGAGCUCAUUUAAGUGUCACUGCUGCUCCAGCAAGUCUGGGUGUCAGGGGGAACUCAUCGGACUGUAUGUGGUUUUAAUGCUUGCAGAUGAGAGAGAAAAAAAGAAAAAACGAUGAUUGUAGUGAAUGUCCUCUCGCAAUAAAUGCACUUUUCUUGUCUUUUCCCUUGUUGACAUGUAUGUACAGAAUUCAUUUCAUCCAAUUUCUCCAUUAUACAGACAGUCCUUAAAGUGAUAGUACUGAGAUUACAGCAUUGUAUUUUAACUGUCAAUGUGAACUUGGUCCAACAGGCUUACAUUCCACAUCUGUGCAUGAGCAAUUUUGAAAUGUGUGCUUUUAGGUGCAGCUUUCCACAGCUCUAGUAGCCCUCCUGUGUGGAGGUUUUCCUAAUGGUGCUAAGUUAACCCUAAAAUAUGCUGGAAGUUGCAACCAAGGGAGCCUUUCCCUGUCCUAAUUUCAGUGACGGACUGGCAUUGAAAAUGGGAUGCUGCAUGUUAAAAUAGCCUCCAACACAUCACACCUGGGAGAGCCCAGUUUCUAAUACAGCUGCAAAUGAAUUCAGUGUCAUGAAUCCUCUGCAAGGCUUUCCCUACACAUACACACACUGCCUGCACCAAUUUAAGUCGUGGGGCAGGCGGUCAUAUUCAGUAGCAACACUCCAGUUCUUCCUCCCUUCUUCUUCCUUCUGAUCUGAUGCCGACUGGAGCUACAGCAGGCAGUAAUUACCUUUACGCUGAGUCCUGACAUCUCAGGCUGUCUCCGCCUAUCAUCUGCCUUAUUAGAGGAACAGAAGUGUGUUUAUGUGUGUGAGAGUGCAUGUUUUGUAUGCACAAAAUAAGCUGCGAACGAAAGCAUAUUGAAAUAAGUGGAAGCAAAAUAAAAUGAGAGCGUGGGAAUGCGAUGAAAAGCGGGACUAAGCUCUGUGAAUUUUGUUGCUUCCUCGAGAUGCUUCCUUCACAUGAGCUAAAAAAAAUCCUCCAUCUCCAGAAGGAACAUCCUUCCUGCAGCUUAAGCCUCAUAUAGUACAUCUAA